AUGUUCGGCUUCCCAAUGACUGGUGCCGCCGGUGGUCUCUUUGGCUUUGGUCAGGUCCUUGCGCAGCAGGUUGAAGACGCGACUACCGUGUUUCAGGACGCGUUCGAUGCCUUUGAAUCUACCCCAGACGAGUUGCGACCGACACCGCCAGGCCUGAAGAAGUCGUCCAUUGAAUUUCCAGCGGCUCCUACACGCUAUGAGUGGAGUACAUUGUCGCCUGAAGGCCGAAAGAUGAUCCGGCUCGUAACGAUUGAGAGCAUGAACAGCAUCCCCUCGGAUUGCAAGCUAAGGGAAUGCGAGCUUCUAGAGACGAGUUCUGCUGUUCCACUUGUCAGAUGCAAGAUCCACGAGAAAGACCUUGCCACAUUGCCAAAAGAUAGCUACGAGGCAGUCUCCUAUUCGUGGCUUGAUAUGGAGGCAGAGGUUCCACUGUUGGUCAACGAAAGGGAGGAAUUGCGCGUCAACCCGAGCCUGAUUGCAUGCCUUCAGCACCUUUUGCGGAAGCAAGACAAGCUCAUUCUCUGGUGGGACAAUAUCUGCGUCAAACAGACGGACGCGAGAGAGAUCGCGUGCCAGGUUGCACUUAUGAAGGAAAUCUUCCAAGGAGCAAAGAGGACGUACCUGUGGCUUGGAGAGGGUGACACGGACUCGGACCUCGCGUUGAAAACACUGGAUGAAAUAUGUCCGCUCAACGGGGAGGGCCACACUUCAGCGGACCUCCGCGCGGACAAGGCGAGAAGCCUGGUCAGCGAAGGGUUUCGCGAUCGAAAGUCAGCGGCCAGCUUACAGCGAACUGCAAUUGCAAAGUUGCUGAACCGCAAAUACUUCGAAAGAGCCUGGAUCUACCAGGAGGCUGCUGCGUCCAAGGAGAUCGUUGUCCUCAUCGGCAAACAGGAACUCAAUUUCGAUAGACUCUGCGAUGCUGUCGAAGCUUAUUGCGCGGCUGAGGGGGACAAGAUGCGCAGGUCCGACAUAUCCUUGGGAAACCCUUUGCAGAUUGUCGCCCAUGGAUGCAACACUCUGCAAGCCAUUCGACAAGGACGGGCCGAACUCCAAGGCAACAAACCACUUGGCACCAACUAUCUCCAGACCGUGCUCUGUCGAGUAGCCGGAAGCGUCAAAGCGAGGCGCGACCAUGACCUGGUUUAUGCGUUCCUCGGAUUCCAAGGCGGUGCGGCUCCCAUCAAGAUCGACUACGAGAUAUCAGUUGGGAGCGCAUACAACAUCGCCGCUCGGUCGCUGAUGGAACAAAACAAAACUCUUGAUCUCUUCGCCAUUUGUGGCGGACAAGAGAAGUUGGACGAUCUUGCCUCGUGGGCGCCAAAUUGGACCAUUCGACUUCCACAAGGCCAGCCGAUUCACCAAGGCGGUAUUGAGCCCCUUUUCAACGCAAGCAAGGAUAUGCGGUUCCGACCCACUUCGAAGGAGAACGACCCUUGCCAGCUUGUCACUUACGGUAAAGUCAUCGACACUGUUGCUGCGGUCAGCGGGAUCGAGUUCAAGUAUGCCGAGCGAAACACGCUCGGGAUCGAGAACUUCAUCCGCCUUCAGGCCCAUCUGGAAUUCGUCAAGAAAAACUCAAAAUCUGCUGUACCUUGCAAUCGCGAACGAGUCCUUAAGGUCCUACUAGCAGAGGGGGCAUUCGAAUACUCGCGCCACAUCUUCGACAAGGAACCAGUGACUCCGAAGAAACCCGUCUUCGAUCUGGCUUCCUUGCUUGACGCAUACGACAAGGAUAAUAUGAUUAGACAAAGCAAGGGCUUCGGAUUACGCGCGGAAAAGGAGGCAUACGCCAAGCUCCGCAAGCAGUCGCUGAUCUGUGUGCGCAAGAUGAUGUUUGUGGGCACAACAGGUGCUCUGGGGUUGGCGCCAGCGGCGGUCAAGCCCGGGGAUGAAGUUGCCAUCUUGAACGGGAGCCGAGUACCCGUGGUACUGAGGAAAUUCUCUGGGGCAGACGGACAUGGAACCACAUAUCAAUUGAUCGGCCAGGCGUAUUUCGAAGACGCGAUGAAUGGAGAAAAAGUGACUUGGAGCAUAGACAAUGAAGCCGGUGAGAUAGUAUUAGUCUGA